UUUUGGCUGCCGUGAACGCGGGAGGCCGGGCCGUUGGCCUGCCAGGAGAACCGGCAUCGGUGCCCACUGGCGAAGGCACCGCGGGGAGCAGGAAGCCCACGGAGGGGAAUGGGGCAGCCGAAAUCAGCUGCGAGCCGCCCGCCGCUGUGCCGGCACCCAGAAAUGCAUUCCGGGCUGCCGGUCCCCAGGGACACUUGGGCGCACGGCAGGUGCGGUGCUGGCUGCUCCCGAGAGGUUUUGAACUGCUGGGGAGCUGGGGCCACGCUGGCGUGGUGAUUUCACGCCUGGGAGUGCACCACGCUGACUGGCCUCUCCCCUCCUCCGGCAGGCUGGAGGAGGUGCCCUUGGAGGUGCUACGGCAGCGGGAGUCCAAAUGGCUGGACAUGCUGAACAACUGGGACAAGUGGAUGGCCAAAAAACACAAGAAGAUCCGGCUGCGGUGCCAGAAGGGGAUCCCGCCCUCGUUGCGGGGCCGUGCCUGGCAGUACCUCUCGGGGAGCAAGGUCAAGUUGGAGCAGAACAUCGGCAAGUUUGACGAACUGGAUCUCCAGCCAGGGGAGCCGAAGUGGCUGGACGUGAUUGAGCGGGAUCUCCAUCGGCAGUUCCCCUUCCACGAGAUGUUCGUCUCGCGCGGAGGCCACGGGCAGCAGGACCUGUUUCGGGUGCUGAAGGCAUACACGCUGUACCGCCCGGAGGAGGGCUACUGCCAGGCCCAGGCCCCCAUUGCCGCUGUCCUGCUCAUGCACAUGCCGGCCGAGCAAGCGUUCUGGUGCCUGGUGCAGAUCUGCGAGAAGUACCUCCCCGGCUACUACAGCGAGAAGCUGGAGGCCAUCCAGCUGGACGGGCAGAUCCUCUUCUCGCUGCUGCACAAGAUUUCGCCCGUGGCCUACAAGCACCUGAGCAAGCAGAAGAUUGAUCCCAUCCUCUACAUGACAGAGUGGUUCAUGUGCGCCUUCUCCCGCACGCUGCCCUGGAGCUCCGUCUUGCGCGUCUGGGACAUGUUCUUCUGUGAAGGGGUGAAGAUCAUCUUCCGGGUGGGCCUCGUGCUGCUCAAACACACCCUGGGCUCCUCGGACAAGCUCAAGUCCUGCCAGGGCCAGUACGAGACCAUGGAGAGGCUGAGGGCCCUCAGCCCCAAGAUCAUGCAGGAGACCUUCCUGGUGCAGGAGGUGAGAUCCUCG